AUGGAAUCCUCGCUGGCCACAUCCAGUUCUGCCACAGGCCCUGUUACCUUCUCCCACGUCUUUGGUCAACAGUGCCAACUUAUGGAAGCAGCGCAGAAGCAGAAGAAACCCGGUCAGUCGUGCCAGGCUGACCUCGUGAAGGACAACGGCCACAAGUACUUCCUGUCGGUCUUGGCAGACCCUUAUAUGCCUGCUGAACACAGGACCAUGACGGCUUUCAUUCUCGCGGUGAUUGUCAACAACUACAACACAGGGCAGGAAGCCUGUCUCCAGGGGAACUUGAUCGCCAUCUGCCUAGAGCAGCUCAGCGACCCCCAUCCCCUGCUGCGCCAGUGGGUGGCCAUCUGCCUGGGAAGGAUCUGGCAGAAUUUUGACUCGGCGAGGUGGUGUGGCGUGAGGGACAGCGCUCACGAGAAGCUCUACAGCCUCCUCUCUGACUCCAUCCCGGAGGUGCGCUGUGCGGCGGUCUUUGCCCUCGGCACAUUUGUGGGCAACUCCGCGGAAAGGACAGACCACUCCACCACCAUCGACCACAAUGUGGCCAUGAUGCUGGCCCAGCUGAUCAACGAUGGGAGCCCCAUGGUCCGCAAGGAGCUGGUGGUGGCUCUGAGUCACCUCGUCGUUCAGUAUGAGAGCAACUUCUGCACCGUGGCCUUGCAGUUCAUGGAAGAGGAGAAGAACUACCCCUUGCCGUCUCCAGCCGCCACAGAGGGAGGGAGCUUGACCCCAGUACGAGACAGCCCGUGCACCCCCAGACUUCGCUCUGUGAGUUCCUACGGAAACAUCCGAGCUGUCACCACAGCAAGGAGCCUGAACAAAUCUUUGCAGAACCUGAGCUUGACGGAAGAAUCCAGCAGCUCAGUGGCAUUCUCCCCCGGGAACCUCAGCACCAGCAGCAGUGCCAGCAGCACCCUGGGCAGCCCCGAGAAUGAGGAGUACAUCCUGUCCUUCGAGACCAUUGACAAGAUGCGCCGCGUCAGCUCCUACUCCUCCCUCAACUCUCUCAUAGGAGUUUCUUUUAAUAGUGUUUACACUCAAAUUUGGAGAGUCUUAUUGCAUCUGGCUGCCGACCCCUACCCAGAUGUUUCUGACCUGGCCAUGAAAGUGCUCAACAGUGUGGCCUACAAGGCUACGGUGAACACCCGGCCACAGCGCAUCCUGGACACGUCCUCUCUCACGCAGUCGGCCCCCGCCAGCCCGACCAACAAGGGCAUGCACAUCCACCAGGUGGGAGGCUCCCCGCCAACAUCCAGCACCAGCAGCUCCAGCCUGACUAACGACGUGGCCAAGCAGGCAGGCAGUCGCGACUUGCCCUCGGGCCGGCCAGGUGCCGCGGGCCCCGUGGGGACACAGUACACUCCCCACUCCCACCAGUUCCCCCGGACGCGAAAGAUGUUUGACAAGGGCCCAGAUCAGACUGCAGACGAUGCGGACGAAGCUGCUGGACACAAAAGCUUCAUCUCGGCCACCAUGCAGACGGGAUUCUGCGACUGGAGCGCCCGGUAUUUCGCACAGCCCGUCAUGAAGAUCCCAGAAGAGCAUGACUCGGAGAGUCAGAUCCGCAAGGAGCGGGAAUGGCGGUUCCUGCGGAACGCCCGCGUCAGAAGGCAGGCACAGCAGGUCAUUCAGAAGGGCAUUACGAGACUGGAUGACCAGAUAUUUCUGAACAGGAACCCUGGCGUGCCCUCCGUGGUCAAAUUUCAUCCCUUCACACCGUGUAUAGCCGUGGCGGAUAAGGACAGUAUCUGUUUUUGGGACUGGGAGAAAGGAGAGAAGCUGGAUUAUUUCCAUAACGGAAACCCGCGGUACACCAGGGUCACUGCCAUGGAAUAUCUGAACGGCCAGGACUGCUCACUGCUGCUGACGGCCACAGAUGAUGGUGCCAUCAGGGUCUGGAAGAAUUUUGCUGAUUUGGAGAAGAACCCAGAAAUGGUGACUGCUUGGCAGGGGCUCUCGGACAUGCUGCCAACCACACGAGGAGCCGGGAUGGUGGUGGACUGGGAGCAAGAGACUGGCCUCCUCAUGAGCUCAGGGGACGUGCGCAUCGUCCGGAUCUGGGAUACGGACCGCGAGAUGAAGGUGCAGGAUAUCCCCACGGGUGCAGACAGCUGCGUGACCAGCCUGUCCUGCGACUCCCACCGCUCGCUCAUCGUGGCUGGCCUCGGCGAUGGCUCCAUCCGUGUCUACGACAGGAGAAUGGCGCUCAGUGAAUGCCGCGUCAUGACCUACCGGGAGCACACGGCCUGGGUGGUGAAGGCCUACCUCCAGAAGCACCCCGAGGGCCGCAUCAUGAGCGUCAGCGUCAAUGGAGACGUGCGUAUCUUCGAUCCACGGAUGCCUGAGUCUGUGAACGUCCUUCAGAUCGUGAAGGGGCUGACCGCCCUGGACAUCCAUCCCCAGGCCAACCUGAUUGCAUGCGGCUCCAUGAACCAGUUCACGGCCGUCUACAGCGGCAGCGGGGAGCUCAUCAGCAACAUCAAGUACUACGACGGCUUCAUGGGCCAGCGCGUGGGCGCCAUCAGCUGCCUGGCCUUCCACCCGCACUGGCCUCACCUGGCGGUGGGAAGCAACGACUACUACAUCUCCGUGUACUCGGUGGAGAAGCGCGUCAGAUAGCAGGCGGCUCCCUGGCCCGUGCCCGGUGGACACGGCGGGCCUGCCGCUGGCUCGGGCACGCGGCGUCUGCUGCUGCUCCGCGACUUGAAGACCUGAACGCUGGCUCCGACUUAGCUACUGACACUGGAGGAGGGGCAGGCGUCGCUUCCUCUGCUCUGUCUUCGCUGUCACAUGUCCAGAAAGUCCAGGGAAGGGCAGGGCUCGGGUGUGACGUCAGAUGCCCACUGAGAAUCAGCGUCCCGCACCAAGGACUCAGUCCCAGUGCAUCGCGGUCCCUCUCCUGUUCUGUUUUCUUCCAAGAUUUCUAAGGAGGAAACACACCAUUUUAUUUUCCAUGUGAUCAGAGCACUAGCUACAGAAAAGCUCCAGAACGGAGCCCUGGCGGAGCAGCUGCACGCU